CCAAUUCAUGCUUCGAUAUUCGAUAGAAGUUUAUGUGAGUGUUUUAUUAUACCUCCUUUCUCGAGUUUCAAAAUAUUUUCGAAAAGGUGUAGGGAAUAAGCGGCAAUUUUUAAGAUGAAGGCACCAAUGGUAUUCAUUGCCGUCGUUAUUGUCAUCGGCAUGAUCAUUGAGUUCGCGUCGGCCCGAACCAAAGAUUUCCGCGGAUGCCGUUGCCACGGAGAACCCAGCUUCCAACCUUGUAAGGACUGCACCCACAAUUGCCGACAGUCCACGCGCUGUGUGAACGAAGGAGGCACUUAUCUGUGCGCCGUCGGCGACGGGAAAAAGAAAGAACCGAGUGCGGAGCGGGCUGUAAAAGAAUGCUGCGGCAAGUGCAAUCGGGCCUGCAAAGGAGAAAUAUCUUGCCAGGUCUUUAGUGACCUUGUCGGGUAAUACCAACACAAGUCAAUAAUUUUAAGCUCGCCAACCAGCAAACCACGGCCAUUGCGGUCGUCGCGCACUUGCUCUUAUAAUGGCAAUAGAUUGCCGUUUACGGUCCAACUUAUUUACCCAUCUGACAUUUUGUUCCGGCAUUCGCUUUAUCAAAAUUAGUGCUUUCUUGUUGUGUCAGCUGCCUAUAAUAUUAUGGUGUGACAUUUAACAAUGCCCAUGUUUACAUGUUCCACGCAUGUACAUAACAAAUUGGCGGAACCGCUGUAACAGCCAAUAAAGCGUGCGCG